AUGGAGAACUUCCGUAAGGUGCGCUCCGAGGAGGCGCCGGCCGGGAAUGGGGCCGAAGGGGGCGGCCCGAGCUCGGGUCCCUUCGCCGACCUGGCGCCCGGCGCCGUGCAUAUGAGGGUCAAGGAGGGCAGUAAGAUCCGCAACCUGCUGGCCUUCGCCACCGCAAGCAUGGCGCAGCCAUCCACGCGCGCCAUCGUCUUCAGCGGCUGCGGCCGGGCCACCACCAAGACCGUCACGUGCGCCGAGAUCCUGAAGCGCCGCCUGGCGGGCUUACACCAGGUCACGCGGCUGCGCUACCGGAGCGUGCGCGAGGUGUGGCAGAGCCUCCCGCCCGGGCCCACGCCGGGUCAGACGCCUGGCGAACCGGCCGCCAGUCUGAGUGUACUUAAGAACGUGCCCGGCCUUGCCAUCCUGCUUUCCAAAGACGCGCUGGAUCCGCGACAACCUGGCUACCAGCCUCCGAACUCCCAUCCUGGUCCUUCAUCUCCGCCAACCGCGCCGACGGCCAAGAGGAGCCUACGGGAACCCGCAGCUGGAGAAGGCACCGCCAAGCGGUCUCAGCCCGAGUCAGGGGCUGGGGACGAGGACCGGACUGCCUGA